AUGAGGGCCCGCACCAGGCUGCCUGCUCUCAAGAGUGCAGCGGGUGCAGCUGCUGGCGGGGUGGUGCGCUUGUCCAGGCAGCCCACCCAGUCCCUCUGUGUCCAGGAGGGCAGGAGUCCGCUGGGGCCCCUCCUCCCAGGGACGUGUGAGCCCGCACUUGCGGGGAGCCCGCCAUGGGGCCGCCUGGAGACCCUGCCCAGCGACCCUGUGCUGCUAAGCGGACGCCCCUGGCGCGUGCCUACUGUGGCCCGCCCUGGCCGGGCCCACCCCAGAGCCAGGGUGCAGGGGGCUCCGGGGCCUCUGUCCAUUGUCCGUGUCACCGAGUGCCUUCAACCAGCUUGUCUCUGGCCUGCCACUGUGUGGGCCCGGCGCCGAGCACCAAGGCCCGAGCCGGCUCAGCGGGUCCCGGGCCGCCCUCCCCAGGGCCCCUGUAAAUAUGUACAUUUCUCAGGCCCGCACCAGCGGGGGGCUGUCCUGAGCCCGUUUUUCAUGCGCUGA